UCUGUUUCAGGACAUGGAGGUGUGAAUCAGCUGGGGGGUGUUUUUGUGAACGGCCGCCCCCUCCCAGAUGUCGUUCGCCAAAGGAUCGUGGAGCUUGCCCACCAAGGGGUCAGGCCGUGUGACAUCUCCAGGCAGCUCCGCGUCAGCCAUGGCUGCGUCAGCAAAAUACUUGGCAGGUAUUAUGAAACCGGCAGUAUUAAGCCUGGAGUGAUUGGAGGAUCAAAACCAAAGGUCGCCACACCCAAAGUCGUCGAAAAAAUUGCAGAGUACAAACGCCAAAAUCCUACCAUGUUUGCCUGGGAGAUCAGGGAUAGACUUCUUGCUGAGAGAGUAUGCGAUAAUGACACCGUGCCCAGCGUCAGUUCAAUUAACAGGAUCAUACGGACAAAGGUGCAGCAGCCACCCAAUCAGCAAGUCCCAGCCUCCAGUCACAGCAUAGCCUCCACAGGGUCCGUCACCCAGGUGUCCUCUGUGAGCACAGACUCCGCCGGCUCGUCCUACUCCAUCAGCGGGAUUCUGGGCAUUGCCUCCCCCGGCACCGAGAGCAACAAGCGCAAGCGAGAUGAAGGUAUUCAGGAAUCUCCAGUACCAAAUGGCCAUUCUCUCCCGGGUAGAGACUUUCUUCGGAAACAGAUGCGAGGAGACCUUUUCACCCAGCAGCAGUUAGAAGUGUUGGAUCGAGUCUUCGAGAGGCAACAUUAUUCUGACAUUUUCACAACAACUGAGCCCAUCAAACCAGAGCAGGCAACUGAAUACUCAGCCAUGGCAUCAUUAGCUGGUGGAUUGGAUGACAUGAAGGCCAAUAUAACCAGCCCUACUUCUGCAGAUUUAGGAGCGAGCGUUCCUGGACCUCAGUCCUAUCCUAUCGUAACAGGUCGUGAGCUGGCAAGCACAACCCUCCCAGGAUACCCUCCGCACGUCCCCCCUGCCGGACAGGGCAGCUACUCCGCUCCAGCGCUGACAGGAAUGGUGCCUGGGAGUGAGUUUUCUGGGAGCCCAUACAGCCAUCCGCAAUACUCAACGUACAAUGAUUCCUGGAGGUUUCCCAAUCCUGGACUUCUUGGCUCUCCUUACUACUACAGCGCUGCAGCCCGUGGAGCAGCCCCACCUGCAGCGGCUGCUGCCUAUGACCGCCACUGACCCUGGAGCCCGGAGCUCAAGCACUUAC